GGCGCGGAGGGCGGCGCGGCCGAGGGCGCCGAGGGCGAGGCGGCGGCGCGCGCGGCGGCGAAGGGCGGCUCCCAAGAGCACCUCGGGGACGCGGAGCCCGGAGGAGUCUCGCCCGAGAGCUUUCGACGCCAGUCGCUGCGGGGCACGGUGGAGCUCACCGAGCUUGCCCUGCGCGACCGCGGGCUGAACAUGCCCGUCCAGCAAAGGAGUUACAAGGCAUCGUCGAGGUUUCACUGGGGCUGUGCGGAUGCCAUGGACUGCUGGGCGUUCGACCCGGUGCAUCGCUGCGCUCGCAGGGUCAUUCAGAGCCCGAUAUUCGACUACUGCAUUGGCGCCGUCAUAGUUUUUAACUGCGUGACGAUAGGGCUCGAGAUCGACAGGCACGUCAAGGAGGGUGCCCAGACCUCUUUUGAGUUACAGGUGCUCGAGCAUUGCUUUCUAACGGUGUACGUGUUGGAGCUUUUGAUACGCACUGUGGGCGAUUGGGAGGAGUGCCUCCAUAGUAUGUGGUUUCGGCUGGACUUCAUACUAGUCGUCGUUGGCGUGCUGUCGACAUGGGUGCUGGAGCCGCUGCUAAGGGUAAGCAUUGCGGCCGAUGUGCUGGACAAGGUCUUGGUGAUCAGAAUCGUGCGCCUGAUCCGCCUGGUGCGCACCCUCCGCUUCCUGAAGUUUAUGCAGCCGCUCUGGAAGCUGGUGAGCGGCCUUCUGGGGUCAAAUCGCACGGUGACAUCCGCUGGGGUGUUGCUCUUCGGAGCCAUUUACGUGUUCGCGUGCGCCGGGGUGGCCCUGCUGGGGCAGGACGAGGACUGGACCUGCUCUCUGACCCUGUGGCCGGGCCCAUCGUGGAAGAUCGCUUCAAGUCGAUCCCGGUGCUGA